AUACAGCCUGGGAAGAUACAGCAAUGUCUAAGCAGUACGCGAAGGAACAUUCCUUGGACAUCCCACAUGUGUCGUGUAUUGAAUUUCCUCUGAAAGUUCAGAACGUUGACAAAGCCAUAGGCCUUGUUGGUGGUGAGAGUGCUAUUAUUAAGGCGUGUCAGGAUGACUCUUCACAUCCUUUGGAGUUGAGAUUCACAAACAAUAUCUAUGAGCACCCUGUGAAUGCAAAGGUGAAUACUCAUGAACAGAUUCUAAUAAAAAUCUCGCUGCCAAAAAGUGUGUUGAAGGCCAACGCCGGGAAUGUCCAGAGGUCACUACAACAGCUGCACAGUGUCCAUUCCAAGCCUAUCCAUAUUACACCAGUUGCCAUUAUCAACAAGACCUUUAGAUUCCGAGAGAUGUCAGACUUCCAAUACCAGAUGAGCAACUCACCAUUUGCACAAAAGGUCAAUAAAUCGAUACACAGCUUGAACUAUACAGAGAUUUGUUCCCUAGGGUUGGACGAGGAUUUGAAACCUUGGGCUCCCAACGAAAAUGGGCUCUACGAUUUACCACCGCCACCUAGAUUCUCAUCUAUACCACUGCCUUUCAACUACCAUUAUAAGAAGAACGCAGCGACGGUGUUGAAGGAAGGUAAAUUGACAACCAGAAACAAACAUUUGAAGUUGAAUUCCUCCAUUAUUAAGUGGGAGGAUCAACCUCCCACGGGUCCAUCAGAGGAAUCCAAGCAACAGCUGGAAUUCUUCCAAUCGCAUUCCGAUAAUCUGGUGUAUAAGGAUGUAUUGGAUGCAUUGGAAAUAAUUCGUAAAUUGUUCGAGAUACGGCCGAUAUGGAUUCGGAAACACUUGGAAGCCAACCUGCCCGUGCAUUUGAAGACAUGCUUCAAAUAUGCCUUACCCCAGGUUUCCUACACCUACACCAAAGGUCCAUGGAGACAGACGUACAUUCGGUUUGGGGUGGAUCCAAAGUCUUCUGCGGAGUUUUCCCGCUAUCAGACCGAAGGUUUCAGGGUGCCAGGGUUUAACAAGACAGUUCCCAAGGGAUUCGUCAGUGAAGUUCCGAAUGGAGUUUCAAAGAUAUUCAAGUUUACCGGGGUUGAGUUACCCCACAGUUUACACUUUCAGCUGGAAGACAUCGUUGAUGAACAGGUGUGUCUGUUGUUAUCGCACGCCAAACUGAGAACGGAGUGUGAUUUCCACGAUGGUUGGUACGACAGCACCACGAUGGCCCGACUGAGGAAACUCAUGAGGUACAAGCUACGGUGCUUAAUGGACGGAACCACCAUGGACCCAGAGAAGGUGGACUACUUCAUCAACAAGCUGGAGGUCACCGAACGUGAAGGGGACGCGGAUGAAGAUCACGAUGACGCUGACGACGAUGACCAAUGCGACGAUCUGCACCUGGGUGACGAAGAAGGGGAAGAGGAUGGUGAAAUAGACGUUGGUGAGUCCAAUUUUGAAGACAUCAUCAACUACUUGGAGAAGCACAACCCAAGGGGCGCAUCCGAGAUCGCACACUUGACCUGUCUGCUAAGACAAGGCAAUAUACCCGAAUUCAGCUGAAGUCAGCGCAAACAAACCCCUAUUAACCCCAUCUAUCAAGCGUUGUAGUAAUAUAACAGCAUACAAAGGGUGCCUGGCCGGCAGCGCAAGAGUGUCGAGAAACAAAAAAUUAUUCUGAAAAGGGAAAUGAUUAGCGGGUUUGAAAAACAGGCUUCAGGGACACGGUUGGCGCACGUCC